CCCCAACUCCCUGUGGGCCCAGCUAAGCUCCACUCCUGGUCCUGACUCUGCUUGGGUAAACUUCCCUCUCCCUGGGUUUUACUUACCCUUUCUUUCAGGUCUUCCUCUUCUGGGGUAGGAAAAGCACCUGGCAUUAUGGAGGGAUAACACAUACCUAAUGAAGUAUGAAGCAGCAGAUUUGAAGCCUGAGCAACAGAAGUCAGCAUCCCAACCCAACUAGGCUUAACUAGCCUCACGGAAUCUAAUCUGAGACUCUUGGAUUUCUGGGCUUGCUACAGUGCUGACCCUAGAAUCCUCUUCAACUCCAGCCACAAUGCUAUGUCAGGCAUUUCACAGAUUUUGUCAAAAGCUGAUACGCAGACGUAUCCUGCAGCAAGACAUGGCUGAAGCUGCCCCUACCAGAAGCCUGAGCACUCUGGAUUUAGUGGCCCUGGGUUUGGGUCACACAGUGGGUGUAGGUGUGUAUGUCCUGGCUUGUGAGGUGGCCAGCAAUCAAGCAGGACCAUCCACUAUGAUCUGCUUUUUGAUGGCCGGUCUAUCUUCUGUGUUGGCCGGGCUGUGUUUUGCAGAGUUUGGUGCCCGGGUUCCCUAUUCUGGCUCUGCAUAUCUCUACAGUUAUGUCACUGUAGGUGAACUCUGGGCUUUCAUCACUGGCUGGAACCUCAUUCUGUUUUUUGUUGCUGGUAUAGCCAUCGUGUCCUGUGCCUGGACCUUAGUUUUUGACAACCUCCCUGGGAAUGAGAUCUCUCAGACCCUGCGUGAGAGCAUCUCACCCCAUGUCCCCCAUGUUUUUGUAGAAUAUCUUGACUUUUUUGUUGUGGGCCUUGUGUUAUUAUUCAUUGGAUUGCUGACUUUGAGGAAUAGUGAGAUUUUCCUUGUUACCAAAGUGUUCACACUGCUGAAAAUUUUGGUUCUUGUUUUUUUCAUCACCUCUGGCUUCAUUAAGGGGGACCUGCACAACUGGAAGCUCACAGAAGCAGACUAUGUAAAGGCUGGAUUCAAUGACACCUCAAGCUUGGGGACUCUGGGGUCUGGAAGAUUUGUGCCUUUCGGCUUUGAGGGGAUUCUCCGUGGAGCAGCUACCUGUUUCUAUGCAUUUAUUGGUUUUGACAAUAUUGUUACCAGAGUUAAAGAAGUCCAGAAUCACCAGCGUUCCAUUCCCAUGGGGAUUGUGAUUUCACUAUUCAUCAGCUCUUUGAUGUAUUUUGGAGUCUCUGCGGCACUUACGCUUAUGGUGCCUUACUACAAGAUUCAACCUGGGAGCACCUUGCCUGAGGCAUUUCUUCUUAUUGGCUGGGCCCCUGCCUACUAUGUUAUAGCUUUUGGAUUCCUCUGUAGUCUUUCUGCCAGCCUCUUGGGCUUUAUGUUCCCCAUACGUCAGGUAAUACAUGUGAUGGUGAAGGAUGGCCUCCUGUUCCCUGUCCUUGCCAGGAUCCAUACUGGCACAUACACCCGCAUUGUGGCCACUGUGAUCUUUGGCAUUAUUGCAGCAAUCAUGACAUUCUUUUUUGGACUCACUGAUCUUGUGGACCUCAGGUCAAUUGUGACCCUGCUGACUUACUCCCUGGUGGCAGUUAGUGUUCUCAUCCUCCGAUAUCAGCCUGAGAUGCAGAAUGAGGGAAAUAAAACAGAGGUGCAGGAGGACAAUAGACCUUCAGCAGAGCAGCUGACUCUACAGGGACUAUUUUUUCCAUGCAGCUCCACACCUACUCCACUCUCUGGCCGGAUUGUCCGUGUUUACUCCUCACUGCUUGCUCUGCUGCUCACCCUUCUUUGCCUGGUGCUGGCCCGGUGGCCAGUUCUGCUUUCUGGAGACCCACUGUGGAUUUCAGUGGUUGUGGUGCUCCUGGUGCUCAUCACUGGGCUCACUGGGGUCAUCUGGAGACAGCCUCAGAGCUCCAGUCCCCUUUACUUUAAGGUCCCUGCUCUGCCUCUCCUCCCACUACUGAGCAUCUUCAUGAAUAUUUACCUUAUGAUGCAGAUGACAGCUGCCACCUGGGCCCGAUUUGCUGUCUGGAUGCUGAUUGGGUUUGCUAUCUACUUCAGCUAUGGAAUCCAACACAGCCGGGUCGCUUAACUUUACUUAAGUUAGGGCCAAAACUGUAGACCUUGAACUCAGCAGUGUGUGUACACAGUUGGCUUGACAUCAUCACACCUGAAUGCAGUCUGGUCCCCCUUUACAACAAUGGAGAGUAGUCUUGAAUACAUGGAAAGCUAGGCCUCCCAUAGCAUAUUGGUGGGGGAAAGUUAAUAGAGCUUUGCAUUUGUUGUGGAGUGAAGGAUUUUGUUUUUGUUUUUGUUUUUUUGCUUUUUUAACUUGUCUACUUUUUAAAUCUAUUUUUCAGUUGUGUGUAUAGCUUCUUGCUGCACUUAAAACAAUUUUAAUUGGGACCCUUGGGUGGCUCAGUCAGUUCAGCUUCUGACUUUUGAUUUUGGCUCAGAUCAUGAUCUCACAAUUUGUGGGAUUGAGCCCUAUGUCAGUCUCUGUGAUGACAGUGAGGGGCCUGCUUAGAAUUCUCUAUCUCCCCCUCUCUUUGCUCCUCACUCCCUUCUCUCUGGAAAUUAAACACACAUUAAAAAGCAAUUAUUACUAAAAGAAACUAGAGAAAGUGUUUUUGUUAUCUUAAGGUAAAUAUGUAGCAAGGAAACACUGCAUCAUAUGGCAGUUCUAUUUUGAAUUAGUUGCGGAACAAGCAUACUGUUUUCCACAGUGGCUACACCUAUUUACAUUCCACCAACAGUAUAUGAAGUUUCCUUUUUCUCCACAUCC